UUGAUUGCUGAGAAAGAAAGCGACAGAAAGAAGCAAAGAACAAGACGAGUGAAGAAAAAGGAACACAGUGAAAGCAAGAAACGAAACGAAACGAAACUCACGAGAAAAAGAAAGUUACCACCACCACCGUCGCUUUCUCUCUCACAUUGUGAUUGUGACGGUGGCAGUUUGGAACUUGCAACCACUCACUGUGACUAUCCUUGAGAUGAUCGAUUUUCAAUAGCCUGAAACCCUAACAAGCUUAAUUGCUACUUCGAUUUCUCAAUUCCUCUCAAUGUCGCCAAAGCGAGGGCUUCACAAGGGAUUCGUUCUCCUCUGCGUUUUUGCGUCAGUGAUUUUCUUCCUCGGCCCAGGGCUUCACGCUUUUGAUCAAGAUGAUAUUUCAUCUGUUCCAAGUAAACAGGUUGCAAAAUGGAGAGAAUGGCAGACAUUACAAGACCUUAAAUCACUUUUUUCGAAAGAGGUUCUUGAUCUUAUUGCAUCCAGCACAGAUGAUAUGGGGCCUUUGAGUCUUGACAAUUUCAGAAAAAAAUUAUCUGCUUCAUGGAGAGUUGUUGGAUCAGAGACUUCAAAUGCUACAUAUGAGCUAAACCAACCAACAACAUAUGUCAGACAAGGAAAACCAAAGGUGACGGAAGGCCAGUCUUCAGAUGAUGGUCUGGCUCAGUGGACACAUAGUCCAGUACAGCAAGUCCGAAGGCAAUUAUUAGAGAAAAGGCGGGAAAAGCGUGCUUUUGAAUUGGUGAAAAUGGAUAAUGAAGUAAUUGUAAAACUUGAAAAUGAAGCAAUUGAACGCUCAGGAUCUGUUGAGUCAGCUGUUCUGGGUAAAUACAGUAUUUGGAGGAAAGAAAUUGAAAAUGAGAAUGCUGAUUCCACUGUUCGGUUGAUGCGGGACCAGAUCAUUAUGGCUAAGGUAUAUGUGAGUAUUGCAAAGAUGAAGAACAAGCUUGGACUAUACCAAGAACUGCAAUCUCGGCUCAAAGAGAGUCGACGUGCUUUAGGUGAUGCAAGUUCUGAUGCAGAUCUAAAUCACAGUGCACAUGAAAAAAUAAAGGCUAUGGGCCAAGUUCUGUCAAAAGCAAGAACGCAAUUGUAUGACUGCAAGUUGGUCACUGAAAAACUGAGAGCAAUGCUGCAAACCGCUGAUGAGCAAGUUAGAAGCUUGAAGAAACAGAGCACAUUCCUCAGUCAGUUGGCUGCCAAGACCAUACCAAAUGGAAUUCAUUGCUUAUCUAUGCGCCUCACCAUAGAUUACUACCUUCUUCCUCCUGAAAAGAGAAAGUUCCCUAGGAUUGAGAACUUGGAGAAUCCCAGUCUUUAUCAUUAUGCACUGUUUUCAGACAAUGUCUUGGCCGCAUCUGUUGUUGUCAACUCCACUAUUAUGAAUGCAAAGGAUCCUUCAAAGCAUGUUUUUCACCUUGUUACCGAUAAACUAAAUUUUGGAGCCAUGAACAUGUGGUUUCUUUUGAACCCUCCUGGAAAAGCUACAAUCAAUGUUGAAAAUGUUGAUGAUUUCAAGUGGUUGAACUCAUCCUACUGCCCUGUCCUACGGCAGCUUGAAUCUGCAACAAUGAAAGAGUAUUAUUUCAAGGCAGGCCAUCCAACCACACUCUCUUCUGGUGCUUCCAAUCUGAAAUAUAGAAACCCAAAAUAUCUCUCAAUGCUCAACCAUCUCAGGUUCUAUCUUCCACAAGUUUAUCCAAAAUUGGAUAAAAUCCUUUUUCUGGAUGAUGACAUUGUUGUUCAGAAGGAUUUAACUGGAUUGUGGAGGGUGAAUCUUCAGGGGAAAGUAAAUGGUGCAGUUGAAACAUGUGGUGAGAGCUUUCACCGAUUUGACAAGUAUCUUAACUUUUCAAAUCCGCAUAUUGCGAGAAAUUUUGAUCCAAAUGCUUGUGGUUGGGCAUACGGGAUGAACAUGUUUGAUCUGAAGGUGUGGAAACAGAAGGAUAUCACUGGCAUAUAUCACAAGUGGCAGAAUAUGAAUGAAGAUAGGGUGCUGUGGAAGCUGGGAACAUUACCUCCAGGGCUAAUGACAUUCUAUGGGAUGACACAUCCGCUAGAAAAAUCUUGGCAUGUACUUGGUUUGGGUUAUAAUCCUAAUGUUGAUCGAAAAGAUAUCGAGAAUGCAGCAGUUGUGCACUACAAUGGUAAUAUGAAGCCGUGGUUAGAUAUUGCGAUGACAAAGUAUCGGCGUUACUGGACUAAAUAUGUCAAAUACAAUCAUCCCUAUCUUCGGAACUGUAAGUUAAAUGAAUAGUCUUCAAUAUACAAAGAAGAUUUCCUUAAAUUGCUCCGGUCUCCCCUGUUUUCUUACACCUUUUCUGGCUUGGCUAUUUCAACUAACCGUGUCUUGCUAGAAUGGUGAUCAUUGUCUUGGAACUUAGAAGCGCCAAUGCUUACUUGCUUCUCAUGUCAUCUCUUUCCAUAUUAGAUUUUUACUUUCAAUUCAUUUAAUUUGUUUACACCACUCUCACCCAUUUGAAACAAGGUACAGAAGCAGGAUACCUUGUUUGCUAUAAAAAAAAAAAAUUCCUCAUUGUACAAUAUUCUGAUGCUCAGAGAGGAUCUAGAAUUUAAAUAUCAUACUUCUGUAUUCUUUGAAAAAUAACUUUUCUUGUUUA